AUGCCGGAAGGCCGGAUGCUUUUUCCCAGGACCCUUAUAAAUACUGCAUUAAAUGCUAGAGAGAGGGACUUUUGGAUUAGGAGACUUACAAGAUUAGAGAGGAUCCCGGUCAUCGCGUACGACCGGUCUGUCUUUAAUGUUCAUCAGAGUUUGGUCGAAGAUAAUCAUGUGGCCACCAGAGGAACACCUUUGAGUUCGAUCACAAAUGUUGCUACCAACCCAAAUUUAUACGCAUUGAACAAUGAUAUUCAAUCGGCCACACCCUUCACUGUCUCAACAGAUGAUUCCUAUUUGGAUGACCUUGGAGAUGCUGCUCAUUCCUGUAAUUAUUGUGGUGCCUUAUUCUGGCGACAUGAGUGCUCAAAUCAAAAUGUUACGCGAGUGUUGCUGAAAUACACAAAGUGUUGCUACGAGGGCAAGAUACAAUUACCUUGCAUGAAGGAUCCUCCUCUUGUUCUUCAGAGCCUAUACGUUGACGAUAAUGAACAGAGUAUACACUCCCUCAACAAUAUUCAAAGAUAUAACAACAUGUUCUGCUUCACGUCUCUGGAGGUAGAGCCAAUAGGAGAAGGUUCCAUGCCAAAGUUUGCAGAGUUAUAUAUUUACGACACAGAUAAUGAGAUUAAUAAUCGCAUCAAUUCUGUUACAAGAGAUGUUAACUCAAGGGAUAUCCAAGAAAAUAUUGUUGAGGAAUUAAAGAACAUGCUGGACGGAAAUAAUGUUUUGGUAAAAUGUUUCAGAAUGGCAAGAACUGAAAUUCAGUUUAAUUCAGUUGUUGAGGUUAAAAUGAAUUUAAUUGGCAGCCGGAAUAAAGAUGGAAGGACAUACAAUUUACCUACCGCUAAUGAGGUGGCUGCACUUAUUGUCGAGGACCUUGACCCAUCGAUGGGUGAUCUAGACAUAUUGAUCGGGAGCCAGACUGGACAGUUGAAGAGAAUAAACCAUUUGAACCCCGCAUAUUUGCCCCUACAGUACCCUUUGUUGUUCCCAUAUGGCGAAGAUGGUUAUCGUGAAGAUAUUACAUUUUCUUAUGCAUGGCGCCAAGGACAUCAUGGUGGUAAGACAAGAAUUAGCCCUAAAGAGUAUUUCUCAUUCUAUAUACAUGAGAAGGUAAAUAAGAAUCAUAUAUUGUUAUAUUCUAGGAGGUUAUUUCAACAAUACUUGGUUGAUGCAUAUACAAUGAUCGAACAUGCAUGUUUGAUUUACAUUAGAACUCAUCAGAAGGCGUUGCGUUGUGAAGUUUAUCAGGGGUUGAGCGAUACAUUAACAAGGGGCGAAUUAGAUCCCACAACUUAG